UCAAGGCGGCCCCAAAGGCAGCACCGGGCAGCUCGAAAGCAACAUGGCGGCCGGUGGGUCUCGCCUUGGCCGAGCAGCUCCGUUAUCGACCUGCCAGUCGCGCUGAUCGCCGAAUUCGCCAGUGAUUCGCGUGACUCUCGUGCUCCGCAUCGAGGCCGGACGCGCGGCGCCGAGUGCCAGCGCCCGUGGCGCCGCCGACUGUCGAGAAUCGGCCCGAAACGGCCCCCGACUGGCUGCCUCCCCCUGGCCGAUGGACUCGCUAAUUCGCCGAUAAAACGCACCUGCCCCCCGGACGCAACAGCAAGGGGAUGUCAAACGGUCGCACCUGAAGCAGCAGCAGCAGCAGGCGGAAAACGAAGACGAGUUUCACUCGUCCGGAGAGGAAGAGCGCGCCGGUGACCAAAACAACAACAUCAAGAUGACCAGCGAGGACCUGCUGCAGCCUGGCCACGUGGUCAAGGAGCGAUGGAAGGUGUCGAGGAAAAUCGGCGGCGGCGGCUUCGGCGAGAUUUACGAGGGCCUCGACCUGGUCACCAAAGAGCAGGUCGCCCUGAAGGUCGAGUCGGCCCGCCAGCCGAAGCAGGUGCUCAAGAUGGAGGUGGCCGUGCUGAAAAAAUUGCAAGGCAAAGAGCACGUUUGUAGAUUUAUUGGCUGUGGUCGUAACGAUAGGUUUAACUACGUGGUGAUGCAACUGCAAGGGAAGAACUUGGCCGAGUUGAGGCGGGCGCAACCGAGGGGUGCCUUCUCGCUGGCCACCACUCUGAGAUUGGGACUGCAGAUACUCAGGGCCAUUGAGAGCAUCCACUCGGUCGGAUUUCUCCACAGAGACAUAAAACCGUCGAAUUUCUCAAUGGGUCGACUGCCUCACAAUUGCCGCAGAGUUUACAUGCUGGACUUUGGUUUGGCGAGACAGUAUACAACGGCGACCGGCGAAGUUCGAGCUCCGCGAGCAGCAGCUGGUUUCAGAGGCACCGUUCGAUAUGCCUCCAUCAAUGCGCACAAAAAUAAGGAAAUGGGCAGGCAUGAUGAUCUCUGGUCUCUCUUCUACAUGCUUGUCGAGUUUGUCAAUGGCCAGUUGCCGUGGCGGAAAAUUAAAGACAAGGAGCAGGUUGGCUUAAUGAAGGAAAAGUAUGACCACAGACUGCUGCUCAAGCACCUUCCUUCAGAUCUCAGGCAGUUCCUCGAACACAUCCAGUUAUUAGAAUAUGCUGAAAGGCCGGACUAUGCAAUGUUGAUUGGUUUGUUUGAGCGCUGCAUGAAAAGGAGAGGGGUCAAGGAAUCCGACCCGUACGACUGGGAGAAGGUCACCACUGAGAAUUUGGCACCGAUCAGCACAACAACCUCUCCAUCCCCGGCACUUAUUAGCAGACCGACAACAGGACUGCUGCCAGUUAGUCGCAUUACUGAUAAUCACGUUGAGGACAACAUGAUUACCAGUCUUGACAAUAACCAGGAAAAUAUCGAACCGGACAACAGAAAGGAACUGGAGGCUCAAAUGGAUUUUGAAGCGAGCAGAAGGAGGCGCCGAGGAGACGCUUACAUUCAGGAAACGCCGCAGAGCACAGACCUCCGCACAGAUGGCCGUGAAGCAAAAUUGGUUGUGGACCGAAACUGCAAUGCAAGCGUUGUCAGUGUGGACAAACUGCAAAACGAGGUGGACAAGUCGCCAAAGAGGAGACCGGGAAGGAGAACGACUGCCGGAGACGAGCCAGAGCAAGGCGCCCGAGCCUCCACUGGUGACAUUGAUGGUGAGGUCAUGGCUGUGAAUAUGUCUGGUCGACCCGUCUCUGCACCGUCAGGUAUGGGAAAUGACAACCAAAAAAGGGUCAAGGAGGCUGAAGCUGAAACGACACCUGAGUUGCCAAGCCCGAGGGUUAGAGAAGGUGUGACCGAGUACGACGGUUCGGUUUACUCUUAUGAUGUCACCCGAGCAGCAGUCACAACUGCAGCUACUAGUGUUGCCGCCUCGUCUGCUGCAGGCAAACAAGGGCCAGAGAGCGCAAACGGUGCAAGUGCAACUGGAGGUUCUCCAAUCGACCCAAGAGAGCCUCUCAAGGAAAAGGCGCCGCACAGAGUGAGGCGUUUCCACUCUGCUGGUCGAAGCAAACACAGAGGAAUGGGCGCUGACACGUCCAUCACCCAGUACGCCCUCAUCGACGAUGACAACUUGUCGCAACAAGUCACAAGGGGUGGCGGAGGUCUAACUUUGGCCUCGCAGUGGAAAUCCCAAUUUGAUGACUCGGAGGAAACUGACAAUGAGUGGAAACAGGAGAAUCUGCAAAGUCCAGAACACAGAGCCCACAACCGAGAGAGCCUGCCUGCAGACUCCUCCAUUGCCCUCAUGACUGACCGCUCCUUCAGGCAACCCAUCUCAGCUGCUCUUCAUGUGCCGGCACCGAUUCCUGUUCAGAAACCAGAAGAACUUGUGAACGGAGUCCCUCCUGAACUGUCAAGAAUCAGUGAAGAUUCUCGGCAAGACAAGCAACCGGCUGCCAUGUGCCAUCAGGUGACCAAUGCUGUCGAGGGCAGAAUCACGGUGACCACUGCAGUCCUGUCGACACCCACAAGACAAAAGUCGUUGUCGCCUAAACCCAAACUGGCAUGUUUGCAUAUAGCUGGCAUCGAGCAGUUUCCAGAACUGCAGGGAGCUUUGCCUCGGGCAUGGAGCUGCCCAGACAUUGGACCUCACAUAAGGCCAGCUUUGGAGGCGCCCUUGUUACAACAAGCUGCAUUUGACGAUUUAGUCUACCAAGUGGAUGUAAUGAGGAAUGUAGCUUGCAGAAGGACUGUGGACGAGAGAGAUGACGAGACAAAGGCUAAAGAGGCCCUUCGUAGGCCCAGUUUGCCUGCCAUUCCAUUGUCCUCUCCAACGGGUGAUAAGUCAGAAGAGGAGUGCAUGCCACAGCCUGUUUCUGGCCGGCUGGAGAUCAGGGUGGUUUCCAAACCUGAUUGUGAGCAGCCAGACGUUGUACCUGAGAUAGUGCAUGAGAACGGAUUCGACCACAACAAACCCAAACCCAAGGGCAUCCUCAAGUCUAGUAGCGGCUCCGCCCUAGAAGUUGCCAAUUCCAUAAGCAAAGAGAGUUCUCCUGGGCUGGUGAAGGCCCGCAGUCCUGUUAGCCCUGGUGCUGGACUGACCGCAGCUGAUGACCCGUCGAUUUAUUUUGACGCCGUCACUCAGGCCGAAGAAAGAGCGGCUUCGCUUGAACCUAGUCAGCGGAUGAGCACGGAAAGGGAAAUCAAAGAGGAGGCCGAAGAGAUUGACGAAGAUGAAGUCUCGCCGAGGAAAAUGACUCCUAGGACUGAAGUCACGCCAGAACCUCUUUCCUACCGAAGUGAGGAGGGCGACAGCAAGCGAAACUCCAGAAGCAAAAUUCCAGUGCCAGUGAGGAAUAGCCCACCAAGGGCUAGUCUGUGUUUUUCGGGUGAUAGAGAUGAAGUGCUGGACGGCAACUGCGCUGUCCGUUUUUCGGACGAGGAGCAACGAAUGCUGGCCAGUCUGCUGCGGAGAAGUGCGACGGCCCCGGCCGUGCCUGCGCAGCUGGACGAAGAGCUGGGAGGCUGCACUCCGGCCCUGAGGCGUCGGCGGCAGGGGGACAAGUAUGUGACCGACGAGAGUCAGCUCAACCUGCGUUUCCAUCGGCGACGGCCGCGGCCGAAUUCGGCCACCACGGCCAUCAUGACGUGUGACUCUAGACCUGUGGUGCCCAUAAGGCAAAGGCCUCGCUCCCAAGGUGGCUCUGUCACUAACCGCGAGACGCGCGGCAUUCCCACCUACCUGCUGGGCCUGAACCCAGGAGGUGAGGAGAGCAGUGAGGCAGACUCAGACUCGUCUGCCAACAAACUGCAGCAGCAGCAAUCUCCGAACCCACCACCUCCUCCUGGUGACCCAAAAAUGGAGAACAGAGCAAGGUGUCGUCGUUUCCAUCCGAUGGCCCUGGACGAGAUAAGCCAGCCACCUCCUCCGCCCGAAGCGAGCACAUGAAUUUACGAGCGCCUCCCCGAUGACUCUUGCUUUUUGGCUUCAACAACUAGUUUCAACUGCUUGACCAGAAAAAGAAAAAAGAAGAAGCAGCCGGCAGCUGCGUCGCGUGUAUUCCAGAUGCAGCUUUGACAACAUAAAACUUAUACAUGAAUUGACUCCCCCUGAUUAACUGAAUAAUCGACCGACAACUAUUUUCAUCUACUUAUGCGUAGUCGAGUAGAAUUUUUGAGCAUCUCCGUCAGUAAUAAUUAACGUGAAAAGCAACUCGGAGGAGGAGGAUUGAUUUCUGGUUCUGGGCAGCGAAUCGAGUGUUGGUUAACGAUGAUAAAAAAAAAUGUAAUAAUUGCUUCAAAACUGCAUAUCUCCCUGAGCAGCACCAGAGAUCACAAAAAGAAGAAAAUAAGAGAAAAGUGUCUCUACUUUAAUUUAGGAACUCAUUUUUGAAUGUUAAAUUGUUAGUUGGUAAGGAUUAGACUGGAUAAUCAACUUAAAUUGGCUGAAAUUUCAUUUGCCUUGUCUUGUGAACGGAGAGACGCUCUCAUAUUAAUUAAUUGCCUAUACACUCUGUUUUAUUUAUUUUCUAUCAAGAGGUUGUGAUUUUCUUUUUUUAUUUCGUAUAAAUGGUAUAAUAAGUUCUCAGGCGUCUCUCCAAGAAUUGUGAUGAUGAACUAUAUAAAGUUAUUGGAUCACACACAGCUGAAUACAUACUAGUCCUGUCCCCUAUUCACUGUAGGUUUUAUGGUGAUUAUUUAAUACUAUUUAAUUCAUUUAUUGUUCAGCUAGAUGUGUUAAAUGAAAUUAGCUCUCCUUCACUAUAGCACAAAUAAUUGGCUUGGCAAAUUGUUUCAUCAGGAUUGUAAAAAAACUGUCAUCCGAUGUGCUUUGUGAAACAAAAGGAGAUCAUCUUUAGUGUGGUGCGUGUCUGUCAGGUUUUGCCAUUUGAGUGUAUUAUUUUUUAAAGCCAAAUUGCUCAUAUUUUUUAUCAAAACCAUGGCGCAAGUGCAGGGUUAUUAAAAAGGUAUAAUUAUCAACUCGUUCCUAUUGUGUCCCUCUCGGCACCUUUGGUUUGGAAUCUCUAGUUAAAAUUUAAUUAUUAAUUACGUGAACCUAACAGCCUAUACACUGCAUUGACCUAAAAUAAUUCAGCAGCUUGACGAAUAUAAAAAAAAAAUAGCUCUAGUCAGGAAUUUGUGUUCUUGAGUUUUGGCAAAAUUUUGUUGCGUGCGUAACGGUAAUUUAACUGCUGAGAUUGUCGAAGAUAAAACAAAUAUAAAUAGUUUUGAUCAACGCUGUGUUUCACUGGUGGAAUAAAAAACUAUGCAGUAUAAUGAAAGAUGAACGAUGGGAUUUUUUGUUUGUAUAUUUUGUUAUAAUCACGAUAUAACGAUGUAUUGUGGCACAAUUUCACUUUCAAAAAGAUGAGAAUGUCAAACCAAAAUAAAUUAAAAAAAGCUACUGAAUAAACAAAUGAAUGGUUUCUUUUGUAUU